AUGCAAGACUCCCAGGCGAUCGCCUUUAGAAUGUUGCGCUCGCAGCGCUACAUCGUGCUUUUGAUCUUCACGGCAUUAGUAACCUUUUUGAUUGUGACCUCGGCCUCGGCCCAUUCGUACAUCAAGGAGUCCUCCAUCGGAAAGUCGGUAGGGUCGUACGUUGAGACCGCUAAGACGUGGGCGAACUCUGACUCUGGUGACUCCGCCCAGGAUGGCUAUAGGGCAGAAGAUGAGGCGGAAGCCGACCAACAGGCCAAAAACGAGGUCAAUGCUGAGGCCAACACUAAUGAGGUGAAGGAUGAUGAUAAAUUGGAUCAGCCCAAGCCAGGCACUGACACUGAGACGACAAAAGACGAGGAUGAUUCCCAGGACGUUGGUCUGAUAAAGGAUACGGAGGAAGCUCUUGAAUGGGAGGAAGGCACACACUCUUAA